AUGGAAACAACUGAGAGUCGUCUUGUAAAGUUUGGUAUUCUAAUAUCACUUCAACCUCCUUCAAUCAUUUGUUAUUUGGCUUCAAUUCAUUAUAUUGUAUCCAAUCGACGUGCAAGAGAAGCACUUCAUAAUCAUGGUCCAUUGGUCUUACUUUUCGUUGGUUUAUUUACUGUCAUCUUCGAUCUUUCUAUGAUUCUCGAUUUCUUACGUACUGGUGUUGUUACUCCAAGUACUUAUUCCUACUGUCGUAUGUGGGCUUUCUUCGAUAUGCUUCUUUAUGCACUUGUUUGCAUAUUGAUGCUAUGGAUAUCAAUCGAACGGCAUAUACUUAUUUUUCAUCAACGACAAUGGCUUGAUACAGAAAGAAAGCGUUACUUCGUACACUAUCUUCCACUUAUUCUUAUUUUCGGGUAUCUCACGGCGUUCUAUAUAUAUGGCGGUUUUAUUUAUCCAUGUGAAAAUAACUUUGACUAUCAUGUAGUACUUUGUGGUAGUUUAUGUUUUGCUUUUGCCGAUCCUGUACUUGGUCUCUACGAUCAAUUUGCCAAUUCACUAAUUCCAAUCUUGCUCAUAGUUAUUGUGAAUCUAGGAUUAUGGAUUCGUAUUGUCUGGCAAAAAUAUUACCGAGUUAGACAAGCCAUGGAAUGGCGACAACAUCGCAAAAUGAUUGUACAAUUUGUUCCAGUAGCAGUUCUAUACAUGUCUAGAUAUCUAACGUAUGGAUUUCUUCAAUGUUAUCAUAUGAUUCAUGGUCCAACAGAUCUUAGUACCUUUAUUCAACAAGUAUACUUUUUCCAUCUAUUUUAUCUCGUCGGUUUAUUACAUCCAUUUGUUUGUCUGAUUGGUAUGCCUGAAGUCUAUCGAAAAUGGCUCCCUAAACGAAAUCGACAUAUUACUCCUACAGCUUUGAAUCUAAAUAAUAGAAUGACUAAAUUAAUGAUAACUCGUUUCUAA